AUGGAGCUACGGCUCCUCUACCCCUUCCUGGCCGCCCUCCUUGCCAUCUUCCUUGCCAGCGGCGUCUCCUCCGCGGCGCAUACCUCCAACUGGGCGGUGCUGGUGUCUACCUCCCGAUUUUGGUUCAACUAUCGCCAUCUCGCCAAUGUGCUAUCCCUAUACCGGACAGUGAAGCGCCUUGGGAUACCGGACUCCCAGAUUAUCCUUAUGCUACCAGACGACAUGGCAUGUAACCCUCGAAAUGCAUUCCCCGGGACGGUAUAUAACAACGCAGAUCGUGCGUUGGACCUAUAUGGAGACAAUAUAGAGGUUGAUUACCGCGGCUAUGAGGUCACCGUUGAGAGCUUUAUCCGCUUGUUGACUGACAGGCUGGGUGAUGAUGUGCCGCAGAGCAAAAGGUUGGGCUCGGACGCCGGUAGCAAUGUGCUUGUUUACAUGACCGGGCACGGUGGUGACCAGUUUCUUAAAUUUCAGGAUUCAGAGGAAAUUGGAGCCUGGGACCUGGCAGACGCGUUUGGACAGAUGUGGGAGAAGAAGCGAUACAACGAGUUGCUCUUCAUGAUUGAUACCUGCCAGGCGAACACCAUGUACACACAUCUAUAUUCCCCGAAUAUAAUCGCUACAGGCUCAAGCGAAAUAGACCAGUCCUCUUAUUCCCACCAUGCUGACAGUGAUGUCGGCGUUGCUGUCAUCGACCGCUGGACUUAUUAUAUUCUAGAAUUCCUCGAAACACAAGUCACCAGUGCAAACUCCAAGCGUACCCUAGGCGACUUGUUUGAUUCCUACGAUGAGUCAAAGAUCCAUUCCCAGCCUGGGGUAAGAUGGGAUCUAUUCCCUGGUGGUGAAGCUGAGGGCAGACUGAGGACUGUCAUGGACUUCUUCGGCAACGUUCAGGAAGUUGAAGUUGAAGCCGGCAGCAGUGUGAAUGACACUGAGCAUUCGGUCAAGGAAGAUCUUGUGGCAAUUGCCAAGUUGGUAGAACAAUGGAAAGAGAUGGAGAAAGAACACAUGGAAUAUGCCACUAGCCCCUCUUCCGUCGGCCAAAAAAAGCCUACCUUGCCGUCACAAACAGGUUCCCCUAUUCUUAAACUGGCUGGACCGAUGAAAAUUCGUGACGCCGAUGAUUGGAGCAAACGAGUCAUUGGUUUAUCACUCUUGUUUGGGAUAGGGGGCGUAUGGUUUGCUGGGUCUCUUCGGAGAAGGUCAUAA